GCUUUCUUUUGUUUUACGCCAAAAAUUAUGGAAAUGAGACACUUGAAACAAAGAAAAGUGCCUUGGCGACAUACAGUAAUAAACCACCAUUUUCCUUUUAAAGUUUUUGUGAAAUAAUAAAACGGAAUAUUGUUUUUUUCUUAUAAAAGGAACAUUUUCGCAGAAAUCUUACGGAGACAGGUGUGAUAAAAUGUAACAAAAUGACGAUUAAUCAUAGUAAUAUUACAAGUUUUGUGUUUUUAUCAAGGAUAUAUCGAUAAAGUUGUGAAUAAUUACCAUUUAGUGAUAAGUGUAUUUUUUUAUUUUGUGUUUUUUUCUCUCUCUCGAUAAACAAUGACGGGAAAGAUUCUAAAUCCCCGUUCAUCGACUCCUAAAGGACCAACGUCCAGACUUCUACCACAAGUGCCAAAAUUUUCAGUAAAGGAGCCUCCACUGUCAAAACAAUCACGGAUUCUGCCACCAGUUCCGCCUCCAAGAGAUGGAUCGAAUGUAACAAACAAAAUCCGAUCUCUACCUCGUGUACCAAGACCAAUACAGGCUCCAUUGACUGGGCAGCAGGAUACAAACAACUUCGAUAAAAAUCCAGCCAUUCCGAUUGUUCCUAAGCAUCCGAGACAGCUUCCGAAGAUACCUGUUGUAAAAUCUAACCAAAAACCAGAUCAUGACAGAAGAGGCCAUAUGUUUGCAGUAUAUAAACGUGAUGCGGACGAAUAUUUACGGAAGAAGGAAUAUGACAAGGCUUUAGAUGCUUACACAUCGGCUUUAAAGUUAGUUCCUGAUGAAAUGUCAACGCUAGUAGCUAAAUCCAGAUGUCAUCAACUAAUGGGAAAACGAAAGAAAGCGAUGCAAGAUGUAGAAACGGCACUAAGCUUAGGGCCCCUGUUUCACGAGGCACUUUUCCAGAAAGCUGAAUUACUUUUCAUUGACGGAGAGUAUGAUACGGCAUUGGUCUAUUAUAAUAAAGGAAAUAAACAAAGACCAGAUAUCCAAGCAUUCCAAGAUGGUAUCUUUAAAAGUCAAGAUGCAUUAAACAAGCAUGGUUCAGCAAAAACAAAGAAGAAAUCGAAUGUGCCAACAGAAAGUCAUGGAAAUCCAACAAAAAGGAAAAGAGACGUCCAACCUCAGUUGAAGAAGAAGUUAAAUACAUCGAAAGAGAGUACAGCUCCUCCCAGGAAUAUGGGAACACCAACUACUCGUAACGUCAGGAACAAUACUUAUACAAGUAAUACACCAGAGAGCAAAACAUCAACUCCUAGAAAUGUUCCAACUCCUAGCUUUCGACAUCGUCAGGCUAACCCAUUGCUAAGGAUGGAACACCUCAAAGGAUCUAUGGAAUCGCUGUCGAAACCUUCUGUAGCUUCCGGUUCCGAAAAGGAAACGAAUGACGGAGAGAUUACAGAAAGAAGAAUGAAACAACUGUUGGGUAGAAUGUAUAAUGACAAACAAUAUUUAGAAAGACUUGUUGAACAGGCUGGAGAACUCCCUUCUGGAUCAAUCAGUUUGUCAAACAUGGCAGAAAAUGGUUUAAAUUUCCUCUAUGACCGUGUGCUUUAUUGGGUACGUCAAGGCCGUAUAUUACCACCAGAAGCCCCAAUUUUACCACCACCACCUCAACCAAAACCUUCCAAACUACUGGAUAAAAGGACAUCACCACGAUCAGAUACAAGCAGUGGUUCUAGACCUAGUGUUGAUGCAAAAUCAUCAAAGUCGGACACAAAAAGGUCUGAAAUUGGUGUUAAACAACCUGCUUCGUGGUUCAGAUACUUGGAACAAAAGAAAGUUGCUAAAGUCUCAAAUAGAAAGACAAAUAACCAGGGUAGGUUUCUAACAGUGUUAGAAGGACAGAAAAUGGAAUUAAUAGAAAACAAUGAGAACAAGAAAUCUCUCAGUCCAUUACGGCCUACGCCACCAAAAACCGAAAAGCCGUCUGUGAGACGAGCAAGAAAACGUAAAGGUGCACGGUCAAGUGAUAAAGAGAAUUCCGAUACGGAUUCAGGAUUAAAUAUAAGUUUUACAACAUACAGAGGAAACAGUGACUAUGGUGAAAAUCACAUGUCGUUUGAAGAAAUUGAACCAAUAAAAGAGGAAUCGCCAUCUCCAAGGAAAAUGUCAUCCAAAAGGCUCGUGAAAUACAUGAAAAAAGACAAGAAAGAAAAGCAGGCACAACGUCGACAACAGAUGAUACAUUUCGUGAAUAAGGAAAUUGAAGACAUUGAAAUUGCAUAUGUAGAUGCCAGAUACAUAGACUGUUCCCAGAGAGCUGAAGCAUGUUUACAGACCAUUACAACCUUUGAUGGUGAACCUCUUCCGAACGUUAUGUCAAUGGUUGGUAAACUCCAUAGCUACAUCGGAAACUCUGCUAUCGAAAACAAAGAGUUUGAAAUGGCCUUACGUCAUCACGAACGAGAUCUACAACUAGGUGAAGAAAGUGACGACACAGAAAUGGUUUCAAGAGCCCUUGGAAACCUAGGAAGAGUUUAUGUUUCGCAAGGAAAACAUCAAAAUGCUUUAGAGCUAUUUUCCCGAAAAGUUCCAUAUUGUGCUACACGAUUGGAAACAGCCUGGUUAUAUCAUGAGAUUGGCAACUGUUUCUUGAUCCUUCAACAGUUUGAAUUUGCACGUGAAGCGGCACGGCGUUCCUUAGAGGCAGCAGAGGAAGCUGUAGAAUGGAGUUACCAGUUACAGUCUAGUGUUCUGUUGGGAGUUGCAGAAGUAAAACUGCGCGAAUACCAUUCUGCCUUCAAUACUUUUGAGAGAGCACUGGACCAAGCUCGCAUGCAAGGAGACACAAAGGCAGAAGGUGCCAUCAGGGAAGCGUUGCAGGAUGUAAACCUCCGAAUUGUAGAAGAAAUGAAGCGAAAUCAGCAGGAAUUCAUGUCCAGAAACAGGGCCGAUUAUGCAAAGUCACGUGCUGAAAUGUCCGAUUAUUCCAGUAUUUACAUACCGGAAGACGAUGGUGACGUAUCACUUACAGAGACAGGAUAUGAUACUGACAAUUUACAUUUGGACUUGGACCAAAUGCGAAGUGAGAUGGAGACCUCUAUGUUUGGUUCUGUUGCAAAUCUAAGAUCAGAAAGAACUUCUCGGAACGAAAUGGGGUCCAUGUUGAAUUUGAAUACAAUGGGGAGGUCAUCUAUUGUACCAAGUGCAUAUAACAUUCUGCGCAGCAAUACCGCAAUGGGAUGAUUCUAAAAGGCCAUAUGUUUUGUCUUCACGCAACAUUAUACAUAUAUAUAUUAUACAUUAUACACUGUUUUAUAUAAACUGUGUAAAACAUUUGUUUGAUCUGCUCAUCGUUUCACUGUUACAUUGUUAAAUUGUGCCAAUAUUUUUCCUGUUCGAUAUUUCAAAACUCAUUUUCGUUUCGGAGUUUUGAAGAAUAUCAUAAAAGCAGAAUCUAGUGGUCGCCAUAUUGAUUUCUGAGUUUAUUUCUACUUUGAAUCUGUUAACUUUUCGAUAGCAAAGUAGAUGUAAAAUCCUCAGAAUAUUUGUGAUGAAUAAAUUAUAAUAUUUCCUUUUAUCGAGUGUCAUUAACUUUCGUUUCGAAUUUCGGUUAUCAAUGACAUGGUCCAUUAUGAUUGAUUUUUUUAUAUUUGUACCUAUCAAUUACGCAGCAAUUUGUGUCAUUUGUUAUGUUAUAUUCUUUUACUUGUUAAAUGUGUAAUGCCUGUGAUAUAUGUUUUAAAAAAUGUUCAAACAUUUUGUAUUCUUACGUUUUAAGCACUUUCUAAUGACUAUUUUUAUGAUGCUGAAAUCAAGUUCGCACACUUAAACUUACUAGAGAUACAUUUGUAAUCAUCAUCGUGUUUUAACAUAAAUUGCAGUUAAAGAAAGGAAAAGUAUACACGUCAUGGUUAAAAUGUACUAUUUAUGAUCUCAGUUUUGACCAAUAGUUUCGAUUCUGUAUUACUUUUCGUUUCGUAAAAAAAGUUUUAGUUGUCCACUUCUAUCAUUAUCUAUUUUUUUAAACAUGUUUUACCAAAACACAUUCGGCAUGUACAUGCAUUAAAUGGCUUGCUUUUGUUUAUUUUGAUUUUGUUUCAAUAUUUAUCAAUUUUGGUAAUAAUGCAUCUUCAAUUAUGUAAAAUGUAAGUAGAUAAUAUGUGUAAUACUCAAGUCUCAAUUUAUUAAAGCGUGCAAAAGUAAAUUUCUUAAUACACCCUUACAUUUCAAUGGGUAAACUCAAACUAGAAGGACAAUGGUAAACUUUUGUAAUACUCUGAGACUAUUGGUUGCACUUAACAGGAAGUUGUAUCGUAUCAUUAUAUUUUAAUUGUUUCAAUAAAAUAUAAGUUAUUACUAAA